AUGAAAAACAAACCACCUCCUGUGGUGGUCACCGACGGUGAUCAUGCUAUGGCGAAAGCAAUACAAAAAGUUUUCCCAACUUCUGUUCACCGGUUGUGUGCUUGGCAUCUUCAGAAUAAUGUAACUAUUAAUGCGCCUCAUCCUGUAUUCAAGUCCAAGUUCAAUGAACUACUUUAUCAAUACUGUACCGAGGAAGAUUUCAAGGAUACAUGGAAUAGAAUGGUUUCAGAAUUCGAAUUUGAGGAUAGUCGAUGGGCAAAAACUACCUACAAUAGUAGGAGGAGUUGGGUGGCUUCGAUUUUGACAAGGAACAUGUACAAAAAAGUUGAGGAGCAGAUCACGAGUGCCCUGGCUUACUCAGUGGAAUCCACCAACGUAUCCAUUGACUUCAGGUUCUACUCACUGACGCGGUUUCCAAAGGGACUUGUACGAAGUAGGGUGCGCUACCAUAUUGUCGAUGGUCAUAUAAACUGUACGUGUAUGUUGUUCGAGUCGGAUGGAAUUCCAUGUCGACAUAUAUUUGCAGUUAUGAAGCACCUCAACAUACCAUGCAUUCCUGAAUCUCUUUAUAAGGACUGGUGGAAGAAGGAUGCGAAAAACACGAUUGGGUUAAAAAAUUUAUCCCACUCAACGGUGCCACCGGAUGUGCUAGUUUGUACAAGAUGGGGAUCUUUAACUUUGCGUUUCAAUGCAAUGGGAUACUAUGCCACAAAACAUAAUGAAAAUUUUGAAGAGGCAAUGAAUGAAAUGUCACGUAUGGAACAAAAAUUUAAGUCAAUGUCAGUGGAGGUCCAAUCUGUAGACCAAGUUUCAAAUGUGGCUCCUACUAACAGCCGCGAUCACCCCGCCAACAGAGGAAUUCGAGACCUAACUGUGGUAAGAACGAAGGGGAGGGAAACAAACAAGUCAAAAUCAAAAGAGAAGGACACAGAAAAUGGGAGAUCCAAGAAAAAUAGGUGUCGCAACUGCAACCAGUUAGGGCAUAAUAAGGCUACUUGCAAAUCUAAUCCCGCAGCUCACACAAUAGAAAAAGAUUACGAACCUUCUUGUAAUAGUCCAACCACUGAAGCAGAACCGUGGCUAUACCUCAUGCCGUCUCAAUUGAGCUUCACCGAAGACAAAAAUCUUCAAUUCCAUCAGUGGUAUAGUGAUAUUCCCACUAGUUCUAAUAUUGGGCCUAACUAG